AUGGAAAAGUUGACCCGCUCGAUCGGCAGACUUUUAGCCGCCUCAUUUCCGGGGACGACUGAAGGUCUCCAGCCUCCUCUCGACGGGAGCGACGAUGGAGAUGGAAGAGGCAGUCAAGGCGGGCAGUGGGACGGCAGAUGCAGCGGACACGAGGGACGGUCUCUGGGCGUAGGCGAGGAAAGCGGUGAUGGCAACGAUGUCGAGGAUGAUCAGUUUCAUGGCUGGCAAGAGGAGAAGAGAAGCAGAUGGCGAGGAGAGGUAGGCUGCUGA